GUCGAUGUGCCACGGUCGACGAUCCUUCCCCAGUGGCCACUUCUUUUCCCUUUCAAACACCUGGCUUCUCUAUCCUUCUAUCUGCUCUAGAUCGAGGAGAGGCUAGGCAGACCGACUAACCAGCGAAACGAAGCUGGUGACGGCGGCGGCGAUGGGGAUCUGGGGCUGGCCCUGGGGGCGGCGAGGGCUGUCGGGCUUCGGCUCGGCAUCCACCGCCGAGGAUGUUGCCGCCAGCGUCGACGCCAGCCAUCUCACGGCCAUCGUCACAGGAGCAACAAAUGGCAUAGGGAAGGAGACUGCCAGAGUUCUCGCAUUGAGGGGAGCAAAUGUGAUCAUACCAGCAAGGACGCUGGAAAGUGGAAUGAAGGUGAAAGAGAGCCUUGCUGAGGAGGUCCCGAGCUCGAAGCUCCACGUCAUGGAGAUGGAUCUGAGCUCCCUUGAUUCUGUUCGUAGCUUCGCGCGCUCCUUCAACUCAUCUCACAAGCAUCUUAAUGUCCUCAUAAACAAUGCAGGUAUAAUGGCCUGCCCUUUCCAGCUAUCCAAAGAUGGGAUUGAGCUGCAAUUUGCCACCAAUCAUCUUGGCCAUUUCUUGCUGACAAAUCUUCUACUUGACAAGAUGAAAUCGACUGCCAAGGAGACCGGUGUACAGGGCAGGAUCGUGAACGUAUCUUCAACAGCUCAUAGAAGAAGCAAUGGCUCAGGCUUUGAUCUGAACAAGCUGAAAGACAAGUCCAAGUAUAAUGCAUUCAGUGCAUACUCGCACUCCAAAUUAGCCAAUAUUCUCCAUGCGAAUGAGCUGUCCAGGCGUUUUCAGGAACAAGGAUGUGAUCUGACUGCAAAUUCUCUGCACCCUGGAGUCAUCGGAACUAACAUCGCUCGCUACAUAGUGACAAACAGUGUGCUGACCUCGAUUUUCUCUCUGGCCAAGACUUUCCUGAAGGAUGUGCCCCAGGGAGCUGCGACUACUGUUUAUCUGGCAUUGCAUCCUGAUGCCAAGGGUGUAUCCGGCAAAUACUUCGCUGGUUGCAACGAGGCAACACCAACACCCGUCGCAAGAGAUGCAGAGCUGGCCAAGAAACUCUGGGCGUUCAGUGAAGAACUCGUGGAAAAUAGAUCAAAAUGAUGUGAUCUUGUGUGCUGUGAGUGGUCUGUACAUGAAUAUAUCGACUGAGCAGAGUAUGUGUUCUAAUUGUAAAAUGCGUUAGUUUCAUGUAUCUACUAUCUUUUCAAGGAAAAUAUGAUUAGAUUGCAA